AGCUUCCGUUAAAGUCUCCGACGAAGAAGACAGCAGAGGCGGGACAGGAGAGCGAAAGCGCGUUUGUUUUCGGGGUUUUUCUUCAAAUAAACCGAGUUUAGCCUUUUUUUUUAUUAUUUGUUUUGUCUGUGUGACCGAGUCAAGCCGGAGAAGGAUGAGCCUGACGCUGCUGGGUUUGAAGCGGACCUCCCCCAACUCUGUCGUUCAGCUGAAUCUGUGCUGCGGGAAUGGCGGCCCCGGCGGGUACGCGCAUCUCCUUCCAGAGCGGAGCGCGGGAGCGGACGCGGGGACGCGCGGGGAGCCCGAGCUCGUCCGAGGCUUGGCGGAAAAACCCGAAGAGCCGCACCGCUCGGACGAACCCGAUUCCUGCCCCGCUCGGACCUCCAAACCCGCCCGGAUCGCCUGCAAAGCCAAAGGGCUGCCCGGCUUCCCGCUGAGCACCAACGAGGACGGGUCCCUGCCGUCCUCCCCCGACACCCCGGUCUGCGGGGGGGUGCCGGGCUUCGAGGAGCCUCGCCCGGGCGGGCGGCUCGCCCGGGAGACCAGGGCGAUCAUCGGGGAGUAUCUGCGGGGGUACGCGGGUCUGCCGGCCGCUGCUCGGAGCCGAAGCGAGCCGCUGGAGACCCUGAGGCGAGUCGCGGACGGCGUGAUCGAGAAGCACCAGUACGCGUUCAACGGAAUGAUCAACAAGCUGAACGUAGGGCAGAAAACAGAGGUGGAUUUCGUGACGGGCGUGGCGGAGAGCCUGUUCAGCGAUGGGACCACGAACUGGGGCCGCGUGGUGAGCUUGGUGGCAUUCGGGGCGGUGGUGGCCAAGCACCUGAAGCAGAGCGGUCUGGAGCACUGCAUCGAGCCCCUGGGAGAGAGGAUCAGCUCCUUCCUCCUCCGGGAUAAGAGCGAGUGGAUGCUCAACAACGGAGCGUGGGAAGGCUUUGUGAAUUUCUUCCAUGUGGAGGACACAGAGUCCAGCGUGAGGAACGCUCUGAUGACGUUCGCUGGCCUUGCAGGUAUCGGCGCCGGCAUCGCGCUGCUGAUGAGAUGAGAGGAGGGGGGAAGAGGGGAGGGGACUCCCCAAAGAGUCUGGACUAUCUCUUCGUAGAAUGUCUGUCCAUUCAGAAAGAAAGACUCUGCUUCCCAGCCCUGUCUGAAACAGAGUUCUGUGACUGACCUGGCAAAGGGGGUGCAGUUUUGAGGAACACAGUCUACCCUAGAGAGGGUAGGGGGCACAGACCAGGGGUGUCUCUGUGCUGGUGGAGGGGGGGUCCAGAGAGGAGUUCUCCAGGCACAGUUUUCUAAAACUCACUACAGUUUGGAGACCGGAGGACGGGAUGGAUUCCUAGACGCUCCUUUUAUUUAUUUUUUUGUAAAUUUUUUGGUGCUUUUAAAACAUCGCAGCUAAAUUUGAGCGUGAAUGUAACCCCAGAUUUCAAAGUGUUUAAGUUACACAGCGACACCCCUGGUAUGGCUUUCCCUCUAGAUUAAGGGGAGCUUGUUUAAGUUUUUUUUUUUUUGAUUGGGGUGUUUUUUUGGGGGGGGUGACAGGCUAUCGCACCGUUGAAUCUAAAAUGUUUCCCGACCUGGACAGUAGUGCAGGCUCUGGUCGCUGGCACACCUGUUUACCCUCGGUUUGGGGGGGAGGGGAGGAGAGGAGAGAGAGAUUUAUUUUUGUAAUAAAUUUUUAUUUGAGAAAUGUCCUGUGUUUUUGUCUUUUUAGCAAGUGUUUUGAAAUCCUAUUUUUGCCCCCCUCCCCCCAAAUCGAUCAGAUUACUAAAUGAUUACUGCAUUGCAAUUAAACAUUUUAAUUUGUUUUGCAGCUUUUAAUACAGAAUACAUAUGUUCUGUCUUCAGUUUAAAUCUCUUUUCUAUGCGACUAAGUUAUUAGUCGUUUGUAAUUCUCACUUCAGUUGACCGUAAUUAAGUGUGCCAGCAGCUUUUUAAAAACAAAAGUUUUUAGAAACUGGUUUCUUAUUUUGUUCUCUACGGUUCCUGUUUAAAUUUAAUAGGGUAACAGAUGUGUAGUCUCUUAAUAUAGCACCCGAGAUCAUGAAUGCUGGGAGAGCUUGUUUUAUAAAUGAGGAUUGUGACAAAAGGAUGGCUUGCAGUUUCUCUCUCAUUGAUUCGCUAGUCAUUGAAAAUAAUUCUGCAAGUUAGCAAAUCAGUCGCUGCAGUGUCCAAACUUGAAAUUUCAGACCUAACAUCCUUGAUGGGCUUUUUCAAAUAGCUUAAGUAUUUGUCUCUGGGAUGAACUCCUGCUGUGUGGCGUGGUGCUCACCUUUGUCCAGCUGAAGUGUAUUUUUGUAUUGUACAUAGAUAUAUAUUAUAUGUGGGAGUGCUACAGAAGCUGCCAGCUAUUGAUAUAAUACUGUAAUCUAGAGAUUAGAAACUGCAUUCACUUCAUAACCAGACUAUAACGCACACUUUCACCGGCAUAGCUCUGUAUGUGCAGGAACAGUGGCUCCAAUAAUCAUCCAACUGCAGAGUGUCUCCCAUCUCCCAAUGUAAAAUGUUGUACAAAUUUGUAGAUAUUAAAUAUCUAAAUUUUUAAAA